UGGCAGGUGAUUAAAGAUUUCGCCAGCGGCGAAAUAAAGCAAGCCUCGUCCCUGUUCGACUGCGACGUAAACCUGGAGGAGUACUUAACAAAGAGCUACUACAAAACAGCCUCACUAAUCGCCGCCAGCACAAAAGGAGCCGCCAUAUUCAGCGGGGUCCACAGUGACAUCAUCGAGCAAAUGAAUCAGUACGGUUACAAUUUGGGGCUGUCGUUUCAAAUAGUGGACGAUAUAUUGGAUUUUACGCAAACGCCCCUGCAGCUGGGAAAGCCCUCGGGCAGUGACCUGGCGAAGGGGAAUUUGACGGCGCCGGUGAUAUUUGCACUGGAGGGAGAACCGGAACUGAGGGGCAUAAUUAAGUCGGAGUUUUGCGAGAGCGGUUCACUCGAGAAGGCGGUUGGUAUUGUCGUGAAAUGUGGAGGGAUCGAAAGGGCGAAGGAGCUUGCGAGGGAGAAAGCGGAUCGAGCGUUCGAGAAUUUGCGGUGCUUGCCGAUUAGUUCGUUUAGAUUGGUGCUUGAGCAAAUGGUGAGCUAUAACUUGGAAAGAAUUGAGUGAGCAAAUGUUUUAGUUACUGCUAUAAGUUUGCAAUUUCUGAUUAUUGUGGUUAUUUAUUGGAUCAAAUGGCCAAAAGAGAGAAUAAUGGAGGUCAAUUGUAACAAGUAAUAA